AUGAGGAUCGGGGAGCUUCCUCGGCGGUGGGCGGGGUCGAGGAUGAGCGUUGCAGGAGGGGCGUUGAGGGCGGGAGGUCGUUCUGUUGAAGGGGAGUCCGAGUCCCUCUCGUCGAAUGAGCAUGGGAGUAGGGAGAGCGGGAGGAGGUGGGACACCGAUGGGCUUGACGGAGUGCCGUUGAGGCUGGUUGAGGGCGAUGACCGCGAUGCGAGGAAUUGGUGGCGAAAGCUUGAUGUUAUUCGGGAGCUUUUGACAGGAGAUCUUGCAGUUAGGAAUCGCUUGGAGGCCUUAAUAUACUCUGCUAUCUACCUGAAGUGGAUCAACACUGGCCAGAUUCCGUGCUUUGAAGAUGGAGGACAUCACCGCCCCAACAGACAUGCUGAGAUUUCUAGGUCCAUAUUUCGUGAGAUUGAAAGGAUGUCAUAUGGGAAAAAUGCAACGCCAUCGGACACACUUGUGAUCCGCAAAAUUCACCUGUGUUUGCCUUCAUUUAAAUCGGAGUUUACUGCUUCAGUUCCUCUAACAAGGAUACGAGAUAUUGCUCACCGUGGAGAUAUUCCUCAUGAUCUGAAGCAAGAAAUUAAACAUACAAUUCAAAAUAAGCUUCACCGCAAUGCUGGUCCAGAAGAUUUGAUAGCUACAGAAGCAAUGCUGGCUAAGAUUACAAAGACCCCUGGUCAAUACAGUGAAGCAUUUAUUGAGCAGUUCAAGAUAUUUUAUCACGAACUAAAGGACUUCUUCAAUGCUGGGAGUCUUACUGAACAGCUGGAGUCCAUCAAAGAAUCUUUGGCUGAGCAAGCCUUACAAGUUCUUUCUCUGUUUCUGGAAUGCAAGAAGAGCCUAGAGAAGCUGGAGGAAAGAGGCAACUUUCUUGAAAACGGUGGAGUUGAUAUAUUGAUGAACACUCUGCAAUCAUUAACCAAUUUAAGAUAUCUAAUUGUCAAAGGUCUUGAAAGUGGUCUUAGAAAUGAUGCCCCUGAUGCUGCUAUAGCUAUGCGUCAAAAGUGGCGCCUCUGUGAGAUUGGCCUUGAAGAUUAUUCAUUUGUUCUCUUAAGCAGAUUAUUUAAUAUCAUUGAAACUAUGGGAGGCUCAUCCUGGCUCGUAGAGAAUAUAAACUCAAAGAAUGCUGUCCCGUGGAACCAUCCACUUGAUUCCCUUAUCAUUGGCAUUCGCCAGAUAGGGCUUUCAGGAUGGAAAUCUAAAGAGUGUUCUGCUAUAGUGAGUGAGCUCCUUGCAUGGCAACAGACAGGUUUCUUGGAAAGAGAAGGCAGUGAGGAUGGGCAGUAUAUAUGGGCACUGAGGCUGAAGGCUACGCUUGAUAGGGCAAGGAGACUAACAGAAGAAUAUUCUGAAGUGCUUCUUCAGAUAUUUCCUGAUAAAGUCCAGAUACUAGGGAAAGCCUUCGGAGUACCAGAUAAUAGCGUAAGGACAUAUGCUGAAGCUGAAAUUCGUUCAGGUGUAAUCUUCCAGGUUUCAAAGAUUUGCACUCUUCUUUUGAAAGCAGUGAGAACUGCUGUUGGAUCCUCUGGCUGGGAUGUUCUAGUACCGGGAGUGGCUCAUGGAACUGUUAUAGAGGUAGAGAGCAUAGUUCCUGGUUCUUUGCCUUUAUCUAUCAAAGGACCUGUAAUUCUGGUUGUUAAUAAGGCUGAUGGAGAUGAGGAGGUUAAGGCAGCUGGAAGUAACAUAAUGGGAGUUGUGCUCCUUCAGGAGUUACCUCACUUGUCACACCUUGGUGUCAGGGCUAGACAAGAAAAUGUGACUUUUGUGACUUGUGACGAUGCCGAUAGGAUUGCUGAUAUUAGAAAGCUUGAAGGGAAAUAUGUGAGGUUGGAAGCAUCAGCUACUCAUGUCAAUAUACGCUCCUCUGUGCCUGAAGAUAGUGAGGUCGUCUUGCCUCAAAAUCUAUCAGGUAACGGAGCUUCAUCUCCCAAUGAAUUGUUAAAAGAUUCUUCACCUCAUAUUGCCAGUGCACAUUACUCAAAUAAGGAUAGGGAACCGUUGCAUAAAGAAAUUUCUAGUGUGUUAGACCUUUCAGAAGCAGAUAUUAGUCUAUCUGGGGCAAAGGCUGCUGUAUGUGGUCAUCUUGCAGCUUUAUCGCUACUUUCUGAGAAAGUGUACAGUGACCAAGGCGUUCCAGCUUCCUUCCGAGUUCCCUCAGGUGCAGUGAUCCCCUUUGGAUCAAUGGAAUCAGCACUAAAGACAAGUGGGUCAUUAGAGUCUUUCUAUUCCCUUAUAGAACAAGUAGAGACAUCCACAGGCAGCGAACUGGACAAUCUAUGCUCGGAGCUCCAGGCAUUAAUCUCAGCCCAAUCACCACCUGAUGUUGUCAUAGAAACUCUCAGCAAGACCCUUUCAACCGAUUCUCGGCUUAUAGUGAGAUCCAGUGCCAAUGUCGAAGACUUAGCCGGUAUGUCAGCUGCUGGUUUGUACGAAUCCAUCCCAAACGUCAGCCUUGCAAACCCUAAAAUCUUUGGAUCCGCUAUUGCUCGGGUAUGGGCUUCUCUCUACACGAGGAGAGCCAUUUUAAGCCGCAGAGCUGCUGGUGUUCCCCAGAGGGAAGCAACAAUGGCUGUUCUAGUGCAGGAAAUGCUAAGUCCUGAGCUUUCCUUUGUGCUUCACACUGUUAGCCCAACUGACCAAGAUCCACAGUCUGUCGAAGCUGAGAUUGCUCCCGGGUUAGGAGAAACUCUUGCCUCGGGGACUCGAGGUACUCCAUGGCGGCUUUCGUGUGGGAAGUUUGACGGCAGGGUCAGUACUUUGGCUUUUGCCAACUUCAGUGAAGAGAUGUUGGUGAUGAGCUCGGGACCUGCGGAUGGAGAAGUGAUGCGUGUGACCGUAGAUUACAGCAAGAAGACAAUGAGCGUUGAUCCUAUCUUCCGUAGGCAGCUUGGCCAGCGGCUCUGCACCAUUGGGUUUUUGCUCGAGCAGAAGUUUGGGUCUCCUCAAGAUGUCGAAGGUUGCGUUGUUGGCAACGACAUCUUCAUAGUACAGUCGAGGCCCCAGCCGUGACGCUGUCAAACUCGGUUGCAAAUAAAAAGGGAGAUGAAAAAUCUCUCAGGAUAUCAGUUACGUCUUAGUACAGAGUGUUAUGUACCAAGUCCGUAACUGCUAUAGCUUAUUUCGACUUUUAUUUCUCGAUGAUGAUGCCUGAACUCGCAAGAGUAUGGUUAUUAUAGGAGCAAUAAUUUUGGAAUCGAUUCCUCAGAUUUCGAGUGUAAGAUGCUAUUCUGUAGUACCCAAAAAAAAAUGAAAAUAAUAAAAACACUACGAUAUGCACAUCAACAUACAAAUGGGAUCAAGAAAAAUAUUGCAAACACGAAUCCAAUAUCUGGUUGGUCGCAAGCUAUGCUAGAUAUACAUCAGUGUCUUUCUAUUGUGAUCAAGUGCUUGUUUAUCUAUGAAAAUGAUCUGUAUUUCAUUCA